UCACAGGAUAUUAAUUUUUUUAGUACAAAAGUGAUAGUCUAAACUAUAGAUGAACAUGUACUCCAACAAGCAGAACAAGCAUUAACAACCGAUGAAUUAGGUACUAAUACUUAAUUUAAUAACACAACUUGCGUUGAGAAAAAGAACACUUUUUUCCCUACAUAGUGACACCCAUAAAUCUUAGAUAGUAACACUCAUAAUAAAUCCCUAGAUGGUAACAUCAAUUGAGAAAGAAAAAAAAAACCCUAAUUUAUAAAUCCCUACAUCAAAGUUUUGAAACAAUCUUGCAGAAUAAUAAUUACAAGAAAAAGAAGAGUAGAAGAAAAAGGAAAAGCAAAGAAAGAAAAAGUUAAAAUGGAGAAAAGAACUCACGUGAAUCAUGGAUGUGGGUGUGGAGAUGGAGCUUUGAUGUUGGAGGAUGGAGAUGUGCAUGUACACCUAACCUAUAGGUGCACCACAAAGCUUCAUCUUUCAUGAUGUGGGGCCAUCCACAUUUAUAUUUCAACAAACUACUGUGUUUUUCUUUUCCUAAAACAGUGGCUGCAACCCCCAAAUUACAGUCCUCUAAUUCCAGCUCAAAGGCCCACAAACGAUAAGGAAAACCAAAACCAAAAUGGCUGAAAACCAAACAGUCCGUUUCGGCAUUAUAGGAUGUGCCGGCAUAGCUAGAAAAGUGGCUCGAGCCAUAAAGCUCGCACCGAAUUCCACCCUCUACGCCAUUGCCAGCCGUUCGAUCGAGAAAGCCCAGAAAUUCGCCGGCAACAAUGGAUUAUCUGGGACCGUCAAGACCUACGGGAGCUAUGAUCAGCUGCUGGAUGACCCAUGUGUAGAUGCAGUGUACAUGCCCCUUCCCACUAGUCUUCAUCUGCACUGGGCAGUGUUAGCUGCCCAAAAGAAGAAGCACUUGCUGCUGGAAAAACCAACGGCUCUUGAUGUGGGCGAGCUUGAUCAGAUAUUGGAAGCAUGUGAAUCCAACGGUGUACAGUUCAUGGAUGGGAGCAUGUGGCUGCAUCACCCUAGGACAGCCAAAUUGAAGGAGCUCAUCUCUGAAUCCAACCAUUUUGGUCAAAUUAACAUUAUCCGUAGCACAUCGACAAAGUCAGUAACCCAGGAUUUUCGGGAGGGCAACAUAAGAGUGAAACCGGACUUGGAUGCUCUCGGUGCGCUUGGGGACCUAGGCUGGUACUGUAUUGGGGCCAUCUUGUGGGCAAAGGACUACAAAUUACCAACUCUAGUGAAUGCUCUGCCUGAUGUCACAAAAAACUCUGCAGGGGUCAUCUUGUCUUGCACUGCAUCAUUUCAUUGGGAACCAUUAGAAGAAACGGUUGCAACGAUUCACUGCUCUUUUCUUUCCCACACAUCCAUGGACUUGGCUAUAUCGGGCUGCAAUGGUUCGCUGCACUGCAACGACUACAUUAUUCCAUACCAAGAGAAAUCUGCUUCGUUUGCCUUCACAUCCGGUGCAACGUUCUUGGAACACCAUACUGGGUGGAAUGUAAAGCCUGAAGAAGUUAGAGUGAUUUCUGAGCUGCCGCAAGAGGCCUUGAUGGUUGAAGAGUUUGCAAGGCUUGUUAAGGGCAUUAUGAAAUUUGGACACCGUCCAGACAGUAAAUGGCCCGAGAUUAGUCGAAAUACGCAGGUAGUAUUGGAUGCAGUGAAGAAAUCCAUUGAUCUUGGUUGUAAACCUGUUAAGUUGUAAUUUCUUUUGUUGGAUUUUAGCUCAUAUGCUUUCUUAGUAGGCAUCUACAUUUAGCAUGAAACUAUCUGUGCACACUGUAUGUUGUUUGACAAAUACUUUGUAUCUUAAGGUACUGCUAAAUGAAAAGCGAAAAAGAGAAAAUUUAUUGCUUUUCGGAUUGUUGGAGGAAAGAAAGUAAGUUGCAAAUGCC